UCGGAGCACAACUGACCCGGCGCACGUACAAACAGGGCAGGGGCGCGCGCACACGCACCCGCCCCCUCCGCAUAACCCACACACACUCGCUCCGUCUUCGUCUUGGCCUGCUCUGCCCCGCCGCUAACACAACCCAUAAUUAGGCGAGAGAGGAGAUCAGCCACACACCGAGCAGGAACAGUUCCGACUGGACCGCGCCCACCCUCUGGUUUACCUCUCUCUCUCCACCGCCGUCCCAUUGGCGACUCACUCUGCUUCGCUCCCAAGGCCGUCCGGAUCCGCCGUCCGACGCGAUCUGGGUCUGGGCGCGUAGUGACAACACAGUCGUGACAUGGGGACGGCGUCCGGCGACGACGACCGGCACGUGAUGCACCAGGGCGGCGGCGUGAACCUGUCGGCGCGGCGCCCCUUCUCGGAGGCGCUGCGGUCGGGCCUCGCCGAGACCUUCUUCCCGGACGACCCGUUCCGCGGGUUCGGCGCGCUGCCGCCCAAGGAGCGGGCGUGGGGCGCGCUCAAGUACUUCGUGCCGGCGCUGGAGUGGGUGCCCCAGUACGGCAUCGACAAGUUCAAGUUCGACCUCCUCGCCGGCAUCACCAUCGCCAGCCUCGCCAUCCCGCAGGGCAUCAGCUACGCGCGCCUCGCCAACCUCCCGCCCAUCAUCGGCCUCUAUUCGAGCUUCGUGCCGCCGCUGCUGUACGCGGUGUUCGGGAGCUCCAACAACCUGGCGGUGGGCACGGUGGCGGCGGCGUCCCUGCUGCUGGCGUCCAUCAUCGAGGACGAGGUGUCGCCCGAGGACAACCCGGAGCUCUACCUGCACCUCUUCUACACCGCCGCCUUCUUCACCGGCAUCUUCCAGACGGCCCUAGGCGUCUUCAGAUUAGGGCUGAUAGUGGAUUUCCUGUCGCGGUCGACGAUCACGGGGUUCAUGGGCGGCACGGCGAUGAUCAUCAUAAUGCAGCAGCUCAAGGGGCUUCUGGGGAUGAAGCACUUCACCUCCAAGACCGACCUCAUCUCCGUCGUAGGCUCCAUCUUCAAAUACAGACACGAGUGGAGAUGGCAGAGUGCAAUUCUCGGCGUAUGCUUCAUCUUGUUCUUGUUCUCCAGUAAGCAUCUGAAAAAGAAAAUGCCACAUUUAUUCUGGGUGUCGGCCAUUGCGCCGUUCAUGGUUGUCGUCAUCGGAGGCGUCUUUGAUUUCCUUGUCCACGGUGAUGAGCACGGCAUCCCAAUCGUUGGUGACCUCAAGAAAGGGAUUAAUCCCAUCUCCAUUUCACAGUUGAGGUUCAACGGCAAGCACGUAGGGGUAGUUGUGAAAGCAGGGCUCUUGUCUGGGAUCCUAGCUCUCGCAGAAGGAAUAGCCGUGGGACGAAGUUUGGCCAUGAUCAAGAACGAACAGAUCGACGGUAACAAGGAGAUGAUCGCGUUCGGCAUGAUGAACAUCGUCGGUUCUUUCACCUCCUGUUACCUCACCACAGGGCCCUUCUCCAAGUCGGCGGUCAACUUCGACGCCGGGGGCAAGACGCCCAUGUCCAACGUGGUGAUGUCGGUGUGCAUAUUGCUGGUGCUGCUGUUCCUGGCCCCUCUGUUCAAGUACACCCCGCUGGUGGCCCUCUCCUCCAUCAUCGUGGUCGCCAUGAUCGGGCUGAUCAAGGUCAAGGAGUUCAUCCGCCUCUACAGGGUCGACAAGUUCGACUUCUGCAUCUGCAUGGUCGCUUUCGUGGGCGUCGUCUUCUUCACCAUGGUCAUAGGCCUUAGCGCAUCAGUCGGCUUGUCUGUGCUCAGGGCACUGCUGUACGUGGCUAGGCCGGCAACAGUCAAGCUCGGAAACAUAACGGGGACCGAGGUCUUCCGGGACGUAAAGCAGUACCCGCAUGCCAAGAGCGUCCCCAACAUCCUCGUCUUGCAGCUGGGCUCUCCCAUAUAUUUCGUCAACGCGGGCUACUUGCGAGAGAGGAUUUUGAGAUGGGUUGAAGAUGAGGAGCACAUUUGCAAGGGGCACGGGCAAGACUUGCAAUGCCUGGUUCUUGAUCUUGGUGGCGUGACUUCAAUCGACAACACGGGGAUCGGGAUGCUAGGAGAAGUUCACAAGGGCCUGGACCGGAAGGGGAUCAUGAUAGCUCUGGCGAAUCCCAGACUGCAGGUGACGGAGAAGCUGGUGGUGUCAGGGUACAUCAAGGACACCAUAGGGGAGGAGAGCGUGUUCCUGACCAUCACGGACGCCAUCGCGUCGUGCCGGUACGGGCUGCGGAGGUUCAGAGGCAAGGAGGGAUGCAGCGAAGUAUAGCGGCGUUUAGACAGUGUGGAUGUAGAUAUUGUGGCGUGGCACAAGCGCAAGAAGAAGAAGAAGAUGCAUAAGUAGAUUGGGCGCCUGGAUGGACUCUGGAUGUGCUGAAAGCUGUAUCUCGAAAGGAUUCAGGGGAGGUUCAUGGUCAUUGUAAGGGCUUGGGCCUCGGGGGAGAAGAUAGCGAGGCGGGCGAAAGAAGUGCUCUCUUCUUGUGUAUAGACCAAUUUAGAUUUCUCGGAGGUUACCGCGAACCUCGCAUAUUUGCUCGUAUCGGGUUUACGUUGUAGAAUUUGUAAGGAAAGACUGUUCCAUUGCUAGAUGAUGAAUAAAUCAUACUUCCUCUGCUACAAAGUGAUGGGGGAAGUCAUGCAUCUAA